CCACAAAAAGCAAAACAAAAAAAAAUCAGAGAUUAACUUGUUUUUUCCGGAAUUAGAAUUAGAGAGAGAGAGAGAGAGAGAGAGAGGGAGACAGAAACUAGAGGGAGAAAGAGAAAUCUUCUAAAGCUGGAGGAGGAGAGAGAAGGAGAGAAGAGGAGAGCAAAGCAAAGAACACGCUUAUCUGUGUGUGUGAACAGGCGAGGCCAUGGAUUCUUGGGAGGGGAGCUAAAGAUUGGGCUUCAGAUCUGUGACAAUUCCGUUAGACGGUCCCUGCUGUGCUGAUCCUUGUGGGCGCAGUUUAACCGCAUACCCUACCACAAUUCACAGUAGCAUUUUCCCUGUGUUGUUUCCAUUAAUAUCUCCGACCCUAUAUUUUCGCUCUUUCCUUGUAAUCAUCUCUCGUAUGGGAUGAAUUUUUGCGAGCGAAAUAAACCCUAAGUUCCUUUGGAUGAAGACUCAAUUCUGGAAUUGAAUCUGAUCGAUUGCGGACUGGUUUUAACUUUUAAUCUGAUCUGUUCGGCAAUGACAAGGCGGAAAGAACGGGCAAUCAAAGAGCUGUACGAUGUUACCGAGAAGAUUGCGCAACCGGAGGCAUAUUACACCAGUCUUGAAAGGGAGUUGCAGAAUACAAGGACCUGUAGAUGAGGCAGAACAUGACAAUCAGAAGAAUACGGGUUCAUUUGAAGCUCAAAAAGGAUUUGGUAGGCAUUAUCCAAGUGGGGAAGAUCGUAUGAGAGCAGGAUCUGGGACAUGCAACGUCUGUGCUACUCCUUGCUCAUCCUGUAUGCAUUUUAACCAAGCCGCAUCCUUCAUGGAAUCAAGACCUGAGUUUUCGGAUGAAACAUCUCGUGGAAAGGCAGUUAGUCGAUGUUCUUUUAAUGAUGGUGAAGUUAUAUGCCCAUUCAAGAGAAGCAGCAGAGCAUACAAUGACAGACAGCCUACAGCUAGUGAAACAAGUAAUUUGCUAAGUACCAGUUCAAGUCAUGAUUCAAUCUCUGGAAAUGCUGACAGCAAAGCAACUUUGAGAACUUUUGAUGUAUCUUAUGCAUCUGAAGAUGUUGAUAUGCUUCUGAAGUCCUCUUCAGGUGGAACUAGUGGAGAUGAUCAACCUAUCUUAAAGUCACAGAGUAUUGUUGAUCAGACUGGCAUAACAUCCUCACACAGUCAUUUUGCAUCAGACCUGGGUCAGAGAACCUUGUCAAACCAGGACGAGGAGCAGAAAGUUUUAGAAUGUCAUGGUGAUAAUAUUUCAUGCGUUAGUAGAGCUAAUGAUGCAAAUGUGCAGCUUGUCAAUCUGAAUAUGGAUAUAGAUAGGAAGAAUGUGUCAUGUAGUUCAGCUUCAUUUAACAGUUUUCCUCAGGAAGGAAUCAGAAAAGCACUUAAUAUUGAAAAUGCUUUGAGUUGUGUGGCUGAUUUGCAUUGUGAAAUACAGGAUAGUGAGAAUAACACUAGGAGGCCAAACAUAGUCACCAUGGAAUCUGUGCAAAAGAGUCUUAACUUUGUAGCCAGUGUGGUACCAACCCGCAAGUCAGAUUCAUUGGAGAUGCCUUCCUCAAAAGAUGUCUAUCCUAGCAGGGUUUCACCAAAAGUACAGAGUCCAUAUUCUCAUUCUCAAAGUGGUAACUCAGUCUACCAUGAAGCAGAUGUGAAGGAUUUGGAAGAGAAUUCCAGUUCACAUGCCCAAGGGGAACCAUCUGAAUGUUCCACGGAACAUGUUGAAGCUAGUCUUACCAAAAGUAACUCUUUUCUGGCUUCGGUGAAAAUUUAUCCAUGUCUAGAAGGUGAAACCAACUUAGAUAAUAGUAGGGAUCCAUCUGCUGAAACUGUGAAAAGUUCAGACCAAAAUCAAAAUGUUGAGAAAUCCUGUGCAUCACGUGAGGUACCUGACAUGCAUGAACCUGCUUUGCAGUCUGAGCCUGUUGAUGACAGUGCUGGCUCAGAUAUCGUGGAGGAUGAUGUAAAAGUUUGUGAUAUCUGUGGCGAUGCAGGUCGGGAAGAGUUGCUUGCCUUUUGCAGUAGGUGCAGUGAUGGGGCCGAGCACACUUACUGCAUGCAAGUAAUGUUGGAUAAGGUUCCAGAAGGUGAUUGGCUGUGUGAAGAAUGCAAGAUCAAGGAGGAAACUGAAAACCAAAAGCAAGAUAAGGUUGAAAUUGUAUUGGGGUCUUCUAAAGCACCAUACUUAAAUGAAAAGACUCAAAAUCCUGGAGGCAUUGACACAGUCAGUUCAAAGGUUUCACUGAAGUUGGAUGUGAAAGAGACAGAUACCGAGGGAAACAGGAUAACCAAAGUGAGCUCAAGUUCAUUUGGGUCUGUUAAGAGGCAUUCAGACAAUCUUGAAGCUGCUUCACCAGCAAAAAGACAGAUGCUUGAGACAAGUGUAGCCUCUCCAAAGACAUCCAGCCCUGACAAAAAGCCUGUAUUGUUGUCUCGGGAGAGUUCAUUCAAGAGUUUGGAUAAGGGGAAAGUAAAGACACCACAUCAAUUAGGUCUGCCAUCAAGUCACUCUGCUAAUAGUUCUCAUGAAAAUGUACACUCACCUACUACUGGUCCUAGCUCAUCAAAGAACCAAUCACAACUUCAGUCACCGCGGGGUAAUCUUUUGAAGUCAAAUUCAUUCAACACCCUAAACUCGAAACCAAAGGUCAAACUGGUGCAGGAAGAUGUUUCUCAAAAGAAAAAGGUAGCUAGAGACACUGUGAUCAACGAUGCGAAAAAGGAGGGUCCAGUCAGAAUGAUAGGAAAAUCUAUAUCAUUCAAAACACCAAGCUCAGGCCGCUUUAAUGUGACUGAGUCAAAAGUUAAAAUGCUCUCUCAUAACCUCUCCUGUGUUGAAGAAUUAAAAGGGUUAAAACAAGCUAAAGAAUGGGGUUUAAUUGAAAGGAAGAAUUCCUUCAAAUCAGAUCGCCCUUUGAUCAGCUCUCCGACAGCUGUUUCUAGUGUGUCUACUCCAAAGACUGAUCAAAAGGUUACAUCUCGUGGUGAAACAACUUCAUCACUUACCUCUGCAACCAACUGCCGUGAUAUGAAGUCUGUUCAGGCUGAUGGAAAAUUAAAUACCUCAGCCAAACCAACCAGUCUUGCAAAUAAAGGAUCAGAGAAUCGAAAUGUUUUAGCUGGAUCGAGYGAAGUUAAGAGGCAGAGUGUGGUUGGAACUCCAUCAUCCAAUGGAAGGUGCAGUUCUACUGAGCAAAAGCCAAUCCAAGUUAGUACUCAGGAUGGAACUACGUCAAGUUCUUGGACUGCUGAUAAAUCAUGGAGUAAACAUGAUGCUGUUCCUCAUGAUGGCUUGCCACAGUCUCCGGAAUCCUUGAAUCAGGAUGCCAAAGCCAGGGAGCUUUUUCCUACAGGUCGUCCAAAGCAGGGUGUCUCAGUAGGAGGUCAAAGUAUCCGCUGUCAUAAAUGUAAAGAAUUGGGUCAUACAGCACAAUCUUGCCCAGUUACUAAGGUUUCUGUUUUUGAAGCUUCUGCAGAAAAAAGUUCAAAAGAGGUAACAGGCAAAAGUUUCAAGUUGAAAGAAGCAGUUAAAGCUAUAAUGCUGAAACCACCUGGAAUGUCUAGAAAGAAUAGGUUGUCUGAACAGUUGGAUGAGUUAUCCAUGUCAAGUGCUGAUUUGAGCUGUGAAGUUUCUAAAGAUCAAUUACCAACUACAUCGAAUUGCUCAAGGAAUUUGAAUUCUGGUGAAGUGACUAAUGAUGGACAAGAAAUUGUCAGGAGUUCUGCUGCUGACAUCAGUAAAACUGCAGUUAAAGCUGUAACGUUGAAAUCACCUGGAAUGUCUAGAAGGAAUAGGUUGUCUGAACAGUUGGAUGAGUUAUCCAUGUCAAGUGCUGAUUUGAGCUGUGAAGUUUCUAAAGAUCAAUUACCAACUACAUNNAAUUGCUCGAGGAAUUUGAAUUCUGGUGAAGUGACUAAUGAUGAUGGACAAGAAAUUGUCAGGAGUUCUGCUGCUGACAUCAGUAAAACUACUACUGUCAACAAUUUAAAGCAGGAUAUUUUAAAGUCAACAGAAGCAACAUGUUCUCCUCGAGGAGCGUCAGAUGUCACCAUUUCUCCCAUCUCUUUGGAUGAAAAUAAGCCGAGUUCUUCCAUUACAGACCUUCCUCGUGUAGAAUCUUCUGUGGCCAUUCCCUCAAGGAUUUCAGCCAUUCCAGAACAUGAUUAUAUAUGGCAAGGUGGUUUUGAGGUGCAAAGAAGUGGAAUACUUGCCGACCUUUGUGAUGGAAUUCAGGCAUAUUUAUCAACUUGUGCAUCACCUAAAAUUCCUGAGGUGGUUAAAAAGUUACCUCGCAAAGUGCUGUUGGAGGAGGUACCCCGCUUGAGUACAUGGCCAAGACAAUUUGAUGAAAAUCGUGCCACAGAAGAUAAUGUUGCUCUCUAUUUCUUUGCCAAAGAUCUUGAGAGCUAUGAACGAUACUACAAGGGCUUGUUGGAUAAGAUGAUCAAGAAUGAUUUAGCUCUGAAAGGAAACUUUAAUGGAAUUGAACUUCUGAUAUUCCCAUCAAAUCAGUUACCGGAAAAAUCCCAGCGUUGGAACAUGUUAUUUUUCCUCUGGGGCGUUUUUAGAGGAAGGAGGUCAAAUUGCUCAGAACAGAUACUAGGCGCUCAAAAGAAGGUUUCUAGAAGCAAUCCAGAUGUCACAAUUGCUUACCAAGGUUUUGCAGCUGGUGUCACGUCUGUAUCUCAAAAAGUAUAUUUGCCUGGUCAUAAAGAGGAUCCAAAUCCUCUGCCUAGUGUCAUGCCUGCUUUUACUGGAUCAUCUAGUGGGAUGGAAGUAUCCAAAUCCAUGGCCUCGAUGGAAUUGCCAUUUAUAUCAUCUUCUGGAAAACUGAAUGGCAAUGGCAAUUGUGACAGUAAUAUGUCUUCUAUUGAUUACAAGAAUUUAAGUUCACAGACCAAUUUUAAUCAGCAUGGUAAUGGACUUGAUAGUGAUCCUUUGUCAAGGCUUCCUAUUAUUAAUGUGCAAUUGUCAACAGAAAAGAAAGUCAACAGCAAUACCCUGAAAGAACAGACAGAUUUAGAGGGUGGGCAGGAAGUGAAGGUUCAAUCCUGUCUUCCAGCAACUAGACAGAAUGGUAAUCUUUAUAAGGGUAAAAUGGUGCCAAUGCACUUGGAUAAUUCACUAGAUAGGGAGAAUAGUUCAUCUUGUUCUUGCAAAACACCUCCAUUUGCUACAUCUGCUCAAGGUUUAGGUGGUUUAAGGGUGAAAGAUGAAGAAAAGAUCCAGGAUAAAAUGCAGGAUGGAAUCAAAGAUGAAGUGAGAGUUCAGAAAAAAAUGAAGAGUGAAGAGUGCUUCAUGGACAUUAAAACUACUUUGAAGAGUGAGAUUCAGAGUGACCAGAAGGACAAAGAACACGGUGGCUGGGAGUUCAACAGCAAGAAACAGCUACACAUGAAUUCUGCACUCAUGAUUCCACAAGUUCCUGGUGAAACCUUGAGCUCCAGAAGUCAAGAAACCACAUGGAUGGAGAAGGAAUGUAUGAUAACUAAUGGAGAAAGUGAACUGAAGAAGACAAAGAGAUGUUCAAGUGUAGUGUAUGAUUGUAAUAGUUCUAGUGAUCAAAGUUCUUUCAGUGAGAAAUUUCUGCCCCAGGUAUGUGACAUGGGUACUGGCUUCUCUAUCACUGAGCAGCAGCAACAGCAACAACAACAAUUCAAUGGAUCUUAUGAGGCUGUGGAGAACUUGAGGGCUACUGAAAGGCACUUCUUUCCCAUAGAUUUGGGACCUGCAAAGGACUGUAAAUCAAGAGGCACCUUGGAGCCAUUGCAAGUACUUUCAUCAACCAACGAGGAUAUAAUGGGAUCUGAAGUCCCAAAUCUGGAGCUUGCACUAGGGGCUGAAAAGAGACCACGGAAGCAGGCAAUCUUCCCAUGGCUUGUUGGGAUAGCAGACAAGAGAAACAACAGAGACAAAUUUCCAGAUCCUGUGACGAAUAACAAUGAUGAUGAUGUCUCAGCAUCUCUGUCUCUUUCUCUUGCUUUCCCAUUCUCCAACAAGGAACAGACUGUGAAGCCUGUUUCAAAAACAGAGCAGCUCUUACCUGACGCUCGCCAUGUGAACACUUCUCUUUUCCUCUUUGGUGGUUUCUCAGAUGCCUAGAUCUGGUUUUACACACCUUGUAUAUUACGCCCCCAUGAAUAUGUUUGCACUAUACCAGGAUCAUAGAGGAUGAUCCAUGGGUUUAAUCAGUAAACCCAUUCCCCAUCUGUUCAUAACCACACACAUUUGUAAGUUUUCCUUCUCUCUAUUCCCUUUUUGUUUCUUUUACUUUGUUUUCGGGUGCAUAGUAACGGCUACUUGUAUAUAAAGAGAAUGAAAGCCGCAGAUUGUUUAAAAUGUCAUGGGGAACUUGCAAGUUAAUGUCUGUAAGUCAUGGGGAGUCCUCUUUUUCUAUUUACUUCAUUAGUGUUAUACAAAUUACAGUCAUUAUACUGUUUUUAACCUGGAUAACA